UUCGUCGUCAAUAUAGUGUUCCGUCUUCAUACCUAUCCUUGUUCUCAUUGUACGUUUCGCUUAUAUUGAUUUCGUUAAUCCUCUCCGAGAUCAUGAUUAAGAGCUCUAUAUCGUCGAGUGCACUUGUGACGAUCAUCGUUUGUCUUCUGCUCAAUUCCGAAGUUGACGACGUUUUGGGUAGAAAAUGCGUGUGCACGAGCAAAGUCUGCAAGGAGAGUGGUACCAAAACCUGCAGGACCCGCUACUCCUGUUACACCGAGCUCAUAUACAGCGGCGGUGUCAGAGCAUUGGGAACCACGAUCAAGACCACCAGAGGAUGUACCGACGGUCCGACGCCUCUCCUGUGCGAAACCAAAUCCUGGCGGUCGAACGAGGAUGAGAGCUCGAGCUCCUUCGAACUACUAGGUCGUGCAGCUUGGCCGAAGUUAACCUGUUGCGAUAGCGACGACUACUGCAACGCAGCCGACGAGGACUUCGAGCCCACUGCGCGACCGGACGAUCGUACACUCGAGAUCUGGGAUAACGCCUCGGACGCGAAACCAGGGCGGACGUCCGGUCGUCCUUACCUCCUAGGCGGACAGGCAUCAGGGAAUACCAUAGCCAACGGUCAGGGUAUCCAGCUUCACGUCGCAGCCCUCGUCUUGGCCGUCGCUGCCCUCAUCUCCGUGUUCGCCGCUUGCUACGUCGUCACCAGAUUUUUAAAUACAAGCGGUGUUGGCAGUGGCCUUCCCAGGAUAAUCGGUCCCUACGGCGAUCGGCUCGAUUUUUGAGUUCGGUGGCAAUUUUGCAUCGCUCUUCACCAACGUGAUUCCAUCCAGUGUUUGGCAUUUGGCAGUCGACGUCGAUAUGGAAUGCGUUGGAUGUAUACAGAUCAGGCAAGCGCCAAGCUGAAAGCAAAGCGAUAUGAUCCAUCGAAGAGGCGCCAAUGACUAAUAAGUAAGCCGACCGCACUGCCUGGCAUUUAUGAAAGACUCGCCUUUCUUAUAAGGUGAUUUUAUGUAGAAGACGCACGUCGUCGCCGACGCCGCAACGUUGUCCUGUUUGCAUACGGAUACGCACGCCUUUCGCAAACCACUCGCAAACCACUCGCAAGCCACUCGCCUUCAAAUUGUCGUGCUUAUUGAUAAUAAAGACACCGUGCCCAAGCAUCGUGUAAUCUCGGUGAGAAUAAUAAGUGAGAAUAAUGUUAAGCAAAAUGUCGACCAAAGAAUCCUUUAAAUAUAUAAUGCGCCCGAGUCUGUCUCGUGUUAGACUCAUUGAUGUCGAUGAUGAAUUGCAAGAUCGACAGUAUUUCGUUUUUACAUCGAAAACGCUGCUUUUCCCUAAGAUAUUUCUUCUUUCUUUCGGAGUUUCUUAUUGGUGUGAAAUCAGUAGGAUUAUCGAUUCGUGUGAAACGAAUCAUUAUUUUUUUCAUGCAUAAUCCAAUAGCCGAGUAUACCUUUUGACAUUGCAUGUGAUAUAUUCUCAUAGGCUACAGUCAUACAAUAUUUGCGGUUUAAAAUUCGAUUUUAUU